AUGCAGGUUAUUAAGGCGGACACCAUUGAUGUGGCCGUCGAAAGGAUUCUCCUUGAACUUGGGAAAGACACUACAAGAAGCAGAGAAAAUUCCAUCUACUUUGAUGGCUGGGAUGGUCUCGGGGCAUCUGCCGUCCUGCAAUCCGUAGCCAAACGCCUUGGAGCAUCAAAUGAGCAGUCAAUGAGGCCUGCAGAGCUGCAAUUUGAGAAAAUCAUCCACAUUGACUGCUCAAAGUGGGAGAGCAGAAGAGCAAUGCAGAGGGAAAUAGCAGAGCAGCUGAACCUUCCCAAUUGGGUGAUGGAGAUGUUGGACAAACAAGAUGAGGAGGAUGAUUUCAAUGGGUUAGACCAGGGCUCCCGAACUGAGAUAGCACAAGUUGUCAGAGAGAUCUAUCAAACCACACAGAAUCACAGAUUCUUGGUAAUCCUGCACAAUGGAAGCAGUGAGGAGAUUGAUAUAUUCGAUUUUGGUCUUUCUCUAGAUCGAUAUGCCAAUAGCAAGAUUCUGUGGACUUUCCAAGGGAGGUUCCGGAUUGCUCCCAAGAUGACAGACAGUGUGAAGAAGAGCAGAACAACAGAUGUUAUUCUUUCAGCUUCAAGUGGUGAGCGAGAUCCACGUGAGCAUUGGUUCUAUUUAGUGCGUGAGGAGGCUGCACAAGUUGCCUUCAAUAAGCAUGGUCACUGCAUCAUCGAUCCAGGGAUUGCUACUAACUGUGUUUUGUAUGCACUUAUACUAUCCUGGUUUGGCCUUCGCAUCAAUGACUAUGACUGGGCUAACCACAGCAGUAACUAUUGGGUAUGUGAUGGUGUCAUUGCACUGACAGACAUUGAUAAAGCAUGGCAAGUUGGCAACGUUUUGCAGCAUGAGGUGCCAUUGUUGCACAUUAACACCCGACUCAACAAGGAUGAAUCAGCAGUAAUGGCUUCCUACCACCCAGCAAGGUCGGCUGAGCUCAUGCCGUAUUGGACUACCACAACAACUUCGACUUUUGGAUUUGUAGUGAGCCCAUGUGGUGUUAUCCCCAAUAACACGUUUCGGCACUCACACAGGCUCGGCGUGCUCAAGCUCUCAAGGUGUGCCUUCAGUUUCUCAUCGCCUCCAUUCCUCUAUUGCCAAGGCCUGAGAUUCCUAUGGCUUGACCACUGCCAAGACCUCCCAACGAGAAGCACCACAGAUCAUCACCAUACCGAGGCAGACAAGGAAGAUGAGUUGGACAGCAACACCACAUCAUUAUGGGAAUGCUUCAGAAGCUUGUGGGUGCUUGACCUGCGCUGCACAGAUUGUGAUUGGAUCUUGUCUGCACGGAUGAUGGAUCUCAUGACCCAGCUCAGGGAGCUAAAUGUGAUGGGUGCUGAAAACUUGGACAUGAGCCAUUUGCGAGGACGAAUGCGUAACAUUCGCAAGCUCCGGGUAACAAAGUCCACCUGCUUCUUCAGCAACCACGUGUUCUCAGAAAUGGAAAGCAUGGAGCUUCUAGUAUUUUCAGGAAAUUACCUCGAACAACACAUGCUAAGCUUAUCUGUGUCAGCCAGCAACAGUCGACUUAAAGCUGUCAUUGUUGAUGGAUGUGAUGGGUUAAAAGUUGUCACUUUUAGGGGCUGCAAAGAAUUGGAGAAUCUAUUCAUCAAAGGAUAG